GUAAAUUACAUUUUAUUUGGCGAAUCCCACCCUCUGUGUUUUUGUUUUGUUUUGCUUUUGUAUUAGCCUAACUAACGUCCCACUUUUGUCACUCCUUUCAUUCCCUUUACUUACACCUACUAACAAGGCUUACGUUUACGUAUCAAUAUCUGUUACUUUUAUCGUGUAAUAAAAAUCAUUUGAGUGUGUACCUUUCCGUUAUUUCGACCACCUUUUCAUAUUAUAUUAAAAGUUCGAAAUAUCUGUCAUUCCUUUAUUUUAAGUGUACCACUUGUUACUCCAACCUUAGUCGUUCCUUUCUACUAUUCAAUAUUCCUUUUACUUGAAGUGUAUUGUUUUAUUAUAAAUUCGUUAUAUUCAUUCAAAAUAAAAAUUAGAAGUAUACCCAACGAAUUAAAGAAUUAAAUAUGAAAUUCACUUCUUCAGUCUUAGUAUCUAUACUUACUACUUUGGCUUCUGCUAAUGCAUGGUGUACUGAAAGUAAUGGUAAUUAUUACUGUUCUGAAACUACCAAAAUUACUUAUCCUGGUGUAGGAUUUUCUGGUUCUUAUCAAGAUGUUACAAAUAUGGAUGAAACAUCUGGUGUUUGUUCUCAACAGCCUUAUUCAUUCUCUGGUAAUUUAAGUCCUUUAGAUGAAGAAUUAUCUGUUCAUUUCAGAGGUCCAAUUAAAUUAUUACAAUUUGGUGUUUAUUAUCCUGCUGGCUCAGCCCACGCUAAAAGAGAUGCCAAUGCUCAACAAGAUGUUGCAGAUAUAGCUCAAGAAGACUGUACCACCAAACAUAUUCAUCAUCAACAUAAAAGAGCAACUGAAAUCUUACAAGUUACUGAAACUGUCUGGGUUAAUAUUGAUGGUCAACCAGUUCAAUCAUCAACUACCGUUCAAACAACAGUUCCAGCUCCUCCACCAAAUGCCGGUACUGAUGCUGUUGCUCCACCUCCAAAUAGUCAACCAUCAUCUCCAGCUGCUACUACUUUAUUAACUUCAUCAACUUCAGCUGCUGCUCCAAGUUCUGCUUCUUCAAGUUCUCCUUCUGCUGCUGCUGGUGACUGGCAAAGAGUUGCUUACUAUACUCCAGGUAAUGCUGACAACACUGUCUUCAUGAACUACUAUGGUGGUUCUGGUUCUGGUGUUUGGUCUUCAGCUUUUGGUAACUCAUUAUCUUAUGCUAACGCUGAUGCUUCAGGUGGUUCUUCAACCCCAGUUGCUUUAGGUAAUGUUGUUGUUCCAUCUAAUAAUGAAUACGUUAUUUUCUCUGGUCAACAAUGUAGUGGUAAUGAUUGUGGUUACUAUAGAUCAGGUAUUCCAGCUUACCAUGGUUUUGGAGGUAAUCAAAAAUUAUUUGUUUUUGAAUUUGAAAUGCCAACUGCUACUUCAGGUUCAGGUUUCAAUUAUGAUAUGCCAGCUGUUUGGUUAUUAAAUGCUAAAAUUCCAAGAACUUUACAAUAUGGUGCUGCUACUUGUUCAUGUUGGUUAACCGGUUGUGGUGAAUUAGAUUUAUUUGAAAUCUUAACUUCAGGUGAUGAUAGAUUAAUUUCUCAUUUACAUACUGGUCAAGGUGAUAAUGGUAGUGCUCAAGGUGGUGGUGGAUCUCAAGAUUAUUUCCAAAGACCAACCAGUGGAUCUUUAGCUGCUGCUGUUAUCUUUGAUGGUAGUAAUAUCUCCAUUGUUGAAGUUGCUAAUUCAUUUGAUGAAGUUUUAUCUGCUGAAACUGUUCAAGGAUGGAUUAACCAACAAGGUUCAACCGCUACUAUUCUUUAGAUAGAAAAGAGUAUUAUCUAUUCAUUCUACUGGUUCAACAGGUUUUAAUUUGGGAAUUUCAAUAAAAAGUUUUUCAGUUAUCAGUCUUUCUUUUUCUCCAUAAACUACUUAUACAUAGACUUUGUUAUAUUUUUAUCAUUUUUUUAUAGGUUUUACAAUUUGUAUUUUUAAUUUAGGUUUGUUUUACGUUU